AGUUGUUUACUUUCGGCGGCGAGUCAGCUGGCGUGGCUGGCUGCAAGGGUUGGUUUUGAGAAUCGCCUCUCGCGGCAUGUGUUGAAGCUCAUCUGUUCCUCAUCUUCAGCAAUCAAACCAUACUGCAGAAAGAGGACCUGAGUACAAAUCCCCUCCUGCACAAUGUCUGAGGGCGAGAACUCCCCAGUGCCCCUGGGGGGUGGAGGGGCACCAGGGGAGAGGAGGUGGUAUGGGUCCCUGGAGGCCACCAUGGGGGGCAGUGAGUCUCCGGCCGACUCGCCCGGAAGCCCAGCCGCGGCCACAAAUAUCCACACGAGCAAUGAGUACAUGGAACUCGACGAGCCAGAAAUCUUGGACGAGAAGAAGGCUUUACUGGAAGAGUUUGAGAGGAAGAGACGUGCGCGCAUGAUUCACGUCACAACAGACGACAGUGAGGUGAAGCAGCAGCUGCGGCAGUUGGGAGAGCCAAUCUGCCUGUUUGGGGAGGGACCAGCAGACCGCAGAAACAGGCUAAAGGAGCUUUUGUCUCGCCUGGGAGAGGAUGCCCUGAAGAAGACCGUGGCAGGGACACAAGACGCGGAGGCACCUGAGCAAGAGCAGCAGCGCCCAGAGGAAACCUGGUACCAUGAGGGUCCUCAAUCGCUCAAGGAGGCUCGAACGUUUAUUCUCGAAUAUUCCAUUCCCAGAGCAAGAGCAAGAUUGAAGAAGGAACAUUUGGACAACGAGAUCCCAGAGGCCACUCGCACAGCCAGGAGACAAGAAGUGCAGAACAAAUUGCGGUCUUUCAGUCUUCUUGGAAGCCAAAAUGCAGACUCAAGGCCCAUCUCUUACUGUAGUUUUAGUCCUAAUGGCAAACUCCUUGCAACCUCCUCCUGGAGUGGGCUUUGCAAAAUAUGGAAAGUUCCAGGUUGCCAGGAAGAGCAAAAGAUGUCUGGCCACAAUUGUUAUGUUGAUUGCAUAGAGUGGCAUCCCAGUGCCACACUCACAAUGGAACCAAAUGCACUGAACUUGGUAUCGAGUGGUCGUGAUGGUACCGUCCAGCUGUGGAAUUUGUGUGGAGAGGCUCUUGGGGAACUACCGCGUCUUGAAGCAAGAGUGUCAAGGGUAGUGUUCCACCCAAGUGGGAGGUUUCUUGGUGCGUGUGUUCAUGAUAACAGCUGGCGCUUGUGGGACCUUGAGAUUCAGGAGGAGGUACUCUUCCAAGAGGGACAUUCCAAACCCGUCUUCUGUCUUGAUUUCCAGGGGGACGGGUCCCUGGCAGCAACAGGGGGGAUGGAUGCAUUUGGUCGCAUCUGGGAUCUCAGAAGUGGCAGGUGCGUCAUGUUUCUGACUGGACACCAAAAUGCUAUUUUAGGUAUCAACUGGUCUCCUGAUGGUUAUCAUCUUGUUAGUGGAAGCGAGGACAAUUCUGCCAGAAUUUGGGAUGUUCGGGCACGUCGCUGUAUUUACAGCAUACCAGCACACACAGGGAUAGUCACAGGAGCUCGGUAUGAUAAAAUAGGAGGUCAGUAUAUCGUCACCAGUUCAUAUGAUGGUUCUGUUCGCUUAUGGUGCCAUGGAUCCUUCCAGCCCAUGCGUGCCCUGGAAGGCCACGGACAGAAGGUCAUGGGGGUAGACAUUUCACCAUUGGACGGAAUCAUUGCUACGUGUGCCUUUGAUCGGACAUUUAAAUUAUGGGGGCCAGAUUAAGAGAGAGACUCGACACAGGAAUGUAGUUCCUUUUUUUGUACAAUGGAGUGAAUGGACAAAUUAAGGUUGAAUUAUGAAAUAAAGAAGCUGUCUUAUAUGUA